AUGUUCCCGCACCUGCUUCUCCCACUCGUGACCCUCGCCAUCAGCCCCAUCCCAGGAGCUCCCCAGGAUCCAGCUGCAAGUCCUGCUCAGGAAGAACCUGGAGAUCUGGACUGUGGUCGCCCUGACCCCUCUGCCAGAAUCGUGGGGGGCUCAGACGCGCAGCCGGGCCGCUGGCCGUGGCAGGUGAGCCUGCACCACAGCGGGGUGCACAUCUGCGGGGGCUCCCUCAUCGCCCCCUCCUGGGUCCUCUCCGCCGCUCACUGUUUCGUGUGGACCGCAUCUAGUGUAUAUGGCAUCUUUGUUGAAAAGGACCCCCUGCCUCUCCCCUGGGUGCUGCAAGAGGUGGAGCUAAAGCUGCUGGGAGAAGCUGCCUGUCAGUGUCUCUACAGCCGGCCUGGCCCCUUCAACCUCACUCUCCAGCUCUUGCCAGGCAUGCUGUGUGCUGGCUACCCAGAGGGCCGCAAGGACACCUGCCAGGGAGACUCGGGGGGACCCCUGGUCUGUGAGGAGCAAGGGCGGUGGUUCCUGGCGGGAAUCACCAGCUUUGGCUUUGGCUGUGCACGAAGGAACCGCCCUGGAGUCUUCACUGCGGUGGCUCCCUACGAGGCAUGGAUCCGGGAAAAGGUGAUGGGCCCCGAGCCUGGGCCCGCCUUUCCCCCGCAGUCCCGGGGGCCCCAAUCCGGCCCCCAGGAGCCCAUGGAUGAGAACUGCACCAUCGCCCUGCCAGAGUGUGGGAAGGCCCCGCGGCCAGGGGCCUGGCCCUGGGAGGCUCAGGUGAUGGUGCCGGGAUACAGACCCUGCCAUGGGGCGCUGGUGUCGGAAAGCUGGGUCUUGGCACCUGCCAGCUGCUUUCUGGACCCCAGCAGCUCGGACCGCCCGCCCCGCGACCUGCACAGCUGGCGCGUGCUGCUGCCCUCGCGGCCGCAAGCGGAGCAGGUGGCGCGCCUCGUGCCGCACAGGAACGCUUCCCGGGACGACGCGGCGGACCUGGCGCUGCUGCAGCUGCGCGCGCCCGUGAACCUGAGCGCCGCCCCGCGGCCCGUGUGCCUGCCUCGCCCAGAACACUAUUUCCUGCCCGGGAGCCGCUGCCGCCUGGCUCGCUGGGGCCGCGGCGGGACCGCGCCCGGCCCGAAUGUGCUGCUUGAGGCGGAGCUGUUGGCCCGUUGGUGGUGUCACUGCUUGUACGGCCCGGGUCACCUCCUCUCCCUAUCCUGCGGGCUGCGGCGAGAGCCGGCCUCGGCGGGGCUCCUGUGGCCCUGGCUGGCAGAGGUGCAUGUGGCUGGCGAUCGAGUCUGCGCGGGGACCCUCGUGGCCCCCGGCUGGGUCCUGGCAGCCACUCACUGUGUCCUCAGGCCAGGCUCUACAACAGUGCCUUACAUUGAAGUGUACCUGGGCCGGGCCGGGGCCAGCCCCCUCCCACAGGGCCACCAGGUGUCCCGGUCGGUCAUCAGCAUCCGCCUGCCCCGGCACCUGGGACUUCGGCCCCCUCUGGCCCUCCUAGAGCUGAGCUCCCGGGUGGAGCCCUCCCCUUCAGCCUUGUCUAUCUGCCUUCACACAGGGGGUGUCCCCCUGGGAAGCAGCUGCUGGGUGCUGGGCUGGAAGGACCCCCAGGACCGAGUCCCUGUGGCUGCUGCUGUCUCCAUCUUGACACCACGACUCUGUCACUGCCUCCAUGAGGGUAUUCUGCCCCCCGGGACUCUCUGUGUCCUGUAUGCAGAGGGGCAGGAAGACAGGUGUGAGGUGACCUCCGCACCUCCGCUCGUGUGCCAGAGUGAGGAAGGCUCCUGGGUCCUUGUGGGCAUGGCUGUUAGAGGGAGCCGGGAGCUGUUUGCCACCAUUGGCCCUGAAGAGGCCUGGAUCUCCCAGAUAGUGGGAGAGGCUCAUUUCUUGCCCCCCAGUGGCUCCCCCUACUGGCCCCCUGAAGGCGGCUACCUCUGUCCUAUGGACAUGGCUGGGGCCUCAGGCUCCCCUCCUGCUGCUCUGUUCCUGCUGCUACUACUGACCCCCCUGAUUCAGGGCUGAGGGGUCUGGCUCCCCGGACCACCUCCUCCCCUCCUUCCUCACCCCCUCCAGCCCUCUACUUCCUUCCCAGUGGGGUUGGAAUGUGACUUAACCGGCUUCAGUCCCUUUGCCAGAACCUCCAGAGCUCCCCACCCACCUAGACUGCAAUGGCUUCAGAUAAUUGGGCCUCAGUGCCGGGAUAUUUUGUGCCCUGGAAUCCUUGGGGACGGCUCAUGCCGGCAAUAAAGGUGUAAACAAA